AUGGACCCUGAAGAGUUGAGAAUGAUAAGGAUUCUCAAGGUUGUGAAAGGGGAUAGUGGUUCCAUGGCAAAGGUUGAAGUGCCCAUGUAUGGAGGGAAAAGAGAUAGUGAAGAGUUCCAAGCAUGGAUAGAUGCACUUGUCAAUUUCUUUGAAUUUGAGGAGGUAGAGGAUAUCAAGAAGGCAUGGGUAGAGUUUAAUAAGGGUCCUUAUAAGGAUAAAGUUCUAUGUGAUAUUAUUCCAAUGGAUGUGUGUCACCUUCUUCUUGGAAAGCCUUGGCAAUUUGAUAGGAGAGCUCAACAUGAUGGGCAUAAAAACAUUUAUGCUAUUGAGAAGGAUGGAGUGUCAUAUACCCUUGAACCACUACAACAAGAUAUGGGUGCAACUCAUGAAGGACCUAGUGUCAUGGUGGUGAAGGAAAAGGAGUUUUUGAAGGACCUUGAAGAGGAAAGAUGUGGAUAUGACAUUAUAGCUAAUCCAAUCUACAAUACUGCAACUAGUGACAAGGAAGAAGUCCCAAAUGAAGUGCAGGGCCUACUUGACAAGUAUGAGAAUAUAGUAGUGGAGGAGUUGCCAAAUGCUUUGCCUCCAGCCCGAGAUGUAAGUCAACACAUUGACUUAAUACCUGGUGCAAGUUUGUCCAAUAAGGUAGCAUAUAAGAUGGCACCUCAACAAAAUGAGGAGAUCAAAAAUUAG